UACUCUUAUUAGCGUUCAACAGGUAAAAUAAAGUUCUUUGUAGAGAUUAUUCUAAGAUAGAAACAUUAUUAAUCUUCUCAAAAUUCUUAAAAUCAUUUUGUGGUUCCUUGUUUUGCUUUGCAGAUCUCAGAAAUGGAGGUUGGCUUAGCAGUUGGUGGUGCGUUUCUCUCUUCAGCUUUGAAUGUUCUCUUUGAUAGGCUUGCUCCUCAGGGUGAGCUGCUCAAGAUGUUUCAGAAGAAUAAGCAUGAUGUUGGGCUGUUAAAGAAGCUGAGGAUGACUUUGCUUGGCCUUCGAGGUGUGCUAAGUGAUGCAGAGAAUAAGCAAGAAUCAGAUCCAUGUGUGAGCGAGUGGCUUAACGAGCUUCGAGAUGCUGUGGACGGUGCUGAAAACUUAAUAGAAGAAGUCAAUUAUGAAGCUUUGAGGCUUAAGGUGGAAGGUCAGCAUCAAAAUAUUGCUGAAAGAAUAAGCAACUUGCAGGUAAGUGACCUUCACUUGGGCCUAAGUGAUGAGUUUUUUCUUAACAUAAGGGAGAAGUUGGAAUACACCAUUGAAACGUUGAAGGAGUUGCAAGAGCAAAUAGGUGACCUUCAUCUGACAAAGAAUCUUGAUUCGACUAAACAGGAAACUAGGACACCUUCAACUUCUUUGGUUGAUGAAUCUGAUAUCUUUGGUAGGCAGAAUGAAAUAAAGGAAUUGGUUGACCGUUUAUUGUCUGAAGAUGCAAAUGGAAAAAAUCUGACUGUAGUCCCUAUUGUUGGCAUGGGGGGCGUUGGCAAGACAACACUUGCUCAAGCAGUUUACAAUGAUGAGAAGGUGAAAAACCAAUUUGAUUUGAAAGCUUGGUUUUGUGUGUCUGAACCAUACGAUGCUCUCAGAAUAACAAAAGGGUUACUUCAGGAAAUUGGCUCAUUUGACUUAAAGGUUGAUAACAAUCUCAAUCAGCUACAGGUCAAAUUGAAGGAAAGCCUAAAGGGAAAAAGGUUUCUUGUUGUCCUUGAUGACGUGUGGAAUGAUAACUAUAAUGAGUGGGAUAAGUUGAGAAAUCUUUUUGUACAAGGAAAUAUAGGAAGUAAGAUCAUCGUGACGACACGUAAGGAGAGUGUUGCCUUGAUGAUGGGUAGUGAGGCAAUCAACGUGGGGACUUUGUCGAGUGAAGUAUCUUGGUCUUUAUUCAAAAGGCAUGCAUUUGAAAACAUAGAUCCUAUGGAACAUCCAGAACUUGAAGAGGUUGGAAAACAAAUUGCACACAAGUGCAAAGGAUUGCCUUUAGCUCUAAAGGCACUUGCUGGUAUUUUACGCUCCAAACCAGAGGUGGAUCAGUGGAGAGACAUUUUAAGAAGUGAAAUAUGGGAGCUGCCAAGUCGUUCGAAUGGUAUAUUACCAGCGUUGAUGUUGAGCUACAAUGAUCUUCCUGCACAUUUAAAGCAAUGUUUUGCUUAUUGUGCAAUAUAUCCCAAAGAUUAUCAAUUUAGCAAAGACCAAGUUAUUCACCUGUGGAUUGCAAAUGGUCUUGUACAGCAGUUGCAUUCAGGUAAGCAAUAUUUUCUUGAGUUGAGAUCAAGAUCAUUGUUCGAAAGGGUCCCAGCGUCUUCUAAAUGGAAUACGGAGGGAUUCUUAAUGCAUGACCUUGUCAAUGAUUUGGCCCAAAUUGCAUCUUCAAAAGGUUGUAUCAGGUUGGAAGAUAACGAAGGAUCUCAUGUUUUGGGAAAAAGUCGACACCUGUCAUAUUCAAUGGGAUUUGAUGGUGAAUUUGAAAAGUUGAAACCCCUCUGCAAUUUGGAGCAGCUGAGGACAUUGCUUCCAAUCUCUCUCCAGGGGUUUUCCUCAUUUAUGCUAAGCAAGAGGGUGCUGCAUAACAUAUUGCCAAGACUAACAUCCUUAAGAGCACUAUCAUUGUCUUUUUAUCGGAUUGAGGAGUUGCCUGAUGCCUUGUUUAUCAAAUUAAAACUCCUAAGAUUUUUGGACCUUUCUUGGACACUGAUUACAGAGUUACCAGAUUCCGUUUGUGCAUUGUACAACUUAGAGACACUUCUCUUGUCAUCUUGUAAAUAUCUUGAGGAGUUACCGCUGCAGAUGGAAAAGCUAAUCAACUUGCGUCACCUUGAUAUUAGCGGCACUGCUUGCUUGAAGAUGCCGCUACAUCUGAGCAAGUUGAAAAGCCUCCAUAUGCUAGUGGGAGCUAAAUUUUUUAUAGGUGGUAGCAGUGGUUCGAGAAUUGAAAAUUUGGGUGAACUACAUAACUUGUAUGGAUCUCUAUCAAUUCUAGAGUUGCAAAAUGUGGUUGAUAAAAGGGAAGCUAAAAAUGCAAACAUGAGGGAGAAGAAUCAUGUUGAAAAGUUAUUGUUGAUGUGGAGUGAAAGUAUUGCCGACAAUUCACAAACUGAAAGAGACAUACUUGAUGAGCUACAUCCAAAUCCAAACAUUAAAGAACUCCAAAUCACUGGAUAUAGAGGUACAAAAUUUGCUGACUGGCUUGCUGAUCAUUCGUUUUUUAAGCUGGUGGAAUUGUCACUUAGCAACUGCAAGGACUGUUAUUCCUUGCCAUCACUAGGACAACUUCCUUCAUUGAAAUUCCUCGCCAUUAGAGGGAUGGAUCGAAUAACAGAGGUGACUGAAGAAUUCUAUGGUAGUUCAUCUUUCAAAAAGCCAUUUAACUCUCUUGAGAAGCUUGAAUUUGAGCAGAUGCUGGGGUGGAAGCAGUGGCAUGUACUCGGGAAGGGAGAGUUCCCUACACUUCAGGAACUUUCAAUUAGAGAUUGCCCCAAGUUGAUUGGGAAGUUACCUGAUAAUCUUUGUUCUCUAACAAUAUUGAUAAUUUCAGAAUGUCCUGAACUCAAUAUCCAACUUUCAAAUUUGAAAGAGUUUGAAGUUUUUGGUUCUCCUAAGGUUGGAGUUCUUUUUGAUGACGCUGAACUGUUUACAUCCCAACUUCAGGGAAUGAAGCAGAUUGUUAAAUUAGAAAUUACUGCUUGUCAGUCUAUUACCUCCUUACCUAUUAGCAUUCUGUCGAAUACCUUGAAGACAAUAGAGAUAGAUGGUUGUGGGAAACUGAAAUUGGAGGCGGCAUCAGUUGGUGAGAUGAUCUCUAGAGGAACUAUUCUGGAGAAAUUGGAUCUAAGUGGAUGUGAUAUAUCACCUGAGUUGGUCCCAAGAGCACGUGAUUUGAAAGUAGAGAAUUGCCACAGCCUUACUAGGUUUUUGAUUCCUACUGGGACUGAAACUCUCAAUAUUUGGGAUUGUGAGAAUCUUGAAAGACUUACGGUGACAUGUGGGACUCAGAUGACGUCAUUGCAUAUUGAGAGCUGCGAGAAGCUGAAGUGGCUGCCAGAACGUAUGCAGGAACUCCUUCCAUCUCUUAAGGAGCUGAUACUAUGGAGCUGUCCAGAAAUAGAGUCCUUUCCUGAAGGAGGAUUGCCCUGCAAUUUAGAAGUCCUUAAGAACUAUGAUUGUAAGAAACUGGUGAAUGGCCGAAAGGAGUGGCGUUUACAGAGACUCCCCAGUCUCAGAGAGUUACAGAUCUUCCAUGAUGGCAGCGAUGAAGAGAUUCUUGUUGAUGAGAAUUGGGAGUUGCCUUGCUCUAUUCGAAGACUUGAAAUAUCCAAUCUGAAAACAUUAAGCAGCCAAGUUCUCAAAAGCCUCACCUCUCUUGAAUAUCUAUAUACUCAUAAUUUACCUCAAAUUCAGUCACUGCUGGAAGAAGGGCUUCCCUCGUCUCUUUCUAAUCUAUCAUUACAUGGCCAUAAUGAGCUCCAUUCACUACCGACUGAAGGUUUUCUGCGCCUCACUUCACUUCAACGUCUAGAGAUCUGUGAUUGCCCUAAUCUCCAAUCUAUUCCAGAAUCAGCACUGCCCUCUCUGUGCCUCUCUGUCCUAAUCUCAAUCCCUUCCGGUAAAAGGGAUGCCCUCUUCCCUCUCUGACCAUCAUGGAUUGCCCUCUAUCUCCAAUGCCCUCCAAUUCCAGUAAAAGGGAUGCCCUCUUCCAUCUCUGAACUAUCUAUUUCCAACUGCCCAUUGCUCAAACCACUUCUAGAAUUUGACAAGGGAGAAUACUGGCCAAAUAUUGCUCAUAUUCCCACCAUAAAAAUCGAUUGGGAAUAUCUGUGAUGAUUAAAACGAAUGGGGCUCCAACAGAUUGUGGAGCGUCUAUUGCUCAAACCACGUCAAAAAUUCGAGAAGGGGGCUUAGUGG